UUUUUUACAGUUUUUUCUUUCACAAGUAUAAACAAAUAAAUUUUACAAUUUGCAAAUUUAUAAACAACUAUCAAUUUCCUUUUGGUUAAGUUUAUUUAUUUUUGGUGUAAAAUAUCUUCAAUUGAAUAAAUAAAACAUCGUCUAUUAUCAUGUCAGGUAAAGGAAAAGUUCAUGGUGGUAAAGGUAAAUCAUCUGAAGCCUCAAAAUCAACCACUUCUCAUUCUGCUAGAGCUGGAUUACAAUUCCCAGUUGGUAGAGUUAAAAGAUAUUUAAAGAAACAAGCUCAAAAUAAAAUCAGAGUUGGUUCAAAAUCUGCCAUUUAUUUAACUGCCGUAUUGGAAUAUUUAACUGCUGAAGUUUUAGAAUUAGCUGGUAAUGCUGCCAAAGAUUUAAAAGUUAAAAGAAUCACUCCAAGACAUUUACAAUUAGCCAUCAGAGGGGAUGAAGAAUUAGAUAAUUUAAUUAAAGCAACCAUCGCUUAUGGUGGUGUCUUACCUCAUAUUAAUAAAGCUUUAUUAUUGAAAGUUGAAAAGAAGAAACAAAAAUAAUCUCAUCCAUCCUUCAUUGAUUUAAUCCCAAAUAUUAAGCAUACAAUUUUGUUGUCUUCAUUAUAAUUGUAUCAUAUUAGUCAUUUUUUUGUUGUUGUUGUUGAUUUGCAUUCAAUUGGCAUUACUUAAAACUUAAUUAAUCAAUUGAUUGAUUGAUGAUUGUAUUUCAAAUUGCUUGUGUUUGAGUUCUUUUAAACUUAAUCUUUGUUGUUUUCUAUUUUGUAUUCUUUUGUUUAUUUUUACU